UUGCUCUUUGUUUGAAACAGCUACGACAUGGUGCACUUUGGGCAUGCCAAUUCACUGCGACAAGCCAAAGCACUUGGCGAUAAAGUAAUUGUGGGCAUACAUACCGAUGAGGAGAUCACCAAACAUAAGGGACCACCCGUCUUUACCGAGGAGGAGCGCGUCAAAAUGGUCAAAGGCAUUAAAUGGGUCGACGAGGUGGUUCUUGGUGCGCCCUAUGUCACCACCCUAGAAGUACUCGAUCAAAAUAAUUGUGAUUUUUGUGUGCAUGGCGAUGACAUAACCAUGACCGCUGAGGGUGUGGAUACCUAUCAUCUGGUGAAGUCGGCUAACCGUUACAAGGAAGUCAAGCGCACCGCCGGAGUUUCAACGACAGAUCUCGUGGGACGCAUGUUGCUGCUUACCCGCAACCACUUCCGUCAGGGCUCCGCCGAGUACGACAUCGAGAAAGAAGAAAAACUUUUAAAAAUUCAACAACUGCAAUCCCGUUUAGGUUCAUCGAAUAUGGGUCAGGAUUCGACAGCGAAGAGUCCCUGGACCGGUUGCAGCCAGUUUUUGCCCACAACACAGAAAAUUAUACAGUUCAGCGAUGGCAAAUCUCCAAAUCCAGGCGAUAAGAUUGUGUAUGUGGCCGGUGCUUUUGAUCUCUUCCACGUGGGUCAUUUGGAUUUCCUGGAAAAGGCCAGCAAAUUGGGCGACUAUUUGAUUGUAGGCCUGCACACUGAUCCCGUUGUCAACUCUUAUAAGGGUAGCAAUUAUCCCAUUAUGAAUCUGCACGAGCGUGUGCUUAGCGUCUUGGCCUGCAAGUUUGUCAACGAGGUAGUCAUUGGCGCACCCUACUGUGUCACAGAAGAGCUGCUGGAUCAUUUCAAGAUUGAUGUUGUCUGCCACGGGCGCACGCCAAUCUCUCUCGAGGAUGGCAAAAUUGAUCCGUAUGCUGUGCCCAAGACGCGAGCCAUAUUUGAGCUACUCGACUCUGGCAAUGACAUGACCACAGAGCGCAUUGUUGAGCGCAUCAUAUCGCAUCGACUGGAAUACGAGCGUCGAAAUCAAGCCAAAGAAAAGAAGGAAAUCGAAGCGUUCGAGGCACUCCAGCGACAAAAGCAAACGCAAAAGGCGGGCUAGCUUCCGCUUUUUAAUAAUAGACAAUGUUUUUAGUUGCCACCUCUUUUGUUUAGAAUGUUUCGUUUUAUCGUUGUGGAUUCUUUUGAAUUUCGUUUUGUUUUGUGCUGCGUUAAGCAAUUAUAAUUGCUGCGGGCCGAAUAUUGCAUGCCCCUUCAUACACACAUAUCCACACCCACACACACAGUUGUAUGCAAACUUAUAUAUAUAUAGCGCUAUAUAUUUAUAAGUUUAAAUACACAUACACUAUUUUAUAGUAGCUUAUCAAAUCUAAAUUAUAUGUAGGCUCAAAAUUUGUAAAUUCCUUUUAUAUUUUUUAAGCGUAACGAGUGCGAACUCCACAAAAUUGUACGAAAUAUAUUAAGUUAGAAUUGUGAAAAUGUA